AUGAAGACGGGGGGGCACCGAGGGUCCCCCCAAAACCCAGAAAGUUCCCCUGCCCCGCCGGGCGGGCUCCCCGCGGCCGAUACCCCCGACGGCAGCGGGGCUGCCCACCCCCCCAACCCCCAUCACCACAACCCCGCCGCUUACCUGGCGGCCGCCGGUGCGCUCCCUCAGGCAGCCGGGGCUGCGCCUGCCGCCCCCUCCACGGCCCCCCCCCGAGGUGGGCAGCGGCCGGGGCGCCGUGACAUCCGAGCGGGGCGCUGCGAGGGGUCGCGCCGGCCCCCGGCGGGGCGCCAGCUCGGUCACCGCCCUCCUGUGGGCGGCGGGCAGGCUGAGGCGGGGGGCGACGCCCGCUCCAUCGCCGACAGGGCCGGCCGCAAGCGAGCUUCCGCGGCUCCUCUCCUCACUGCGGAUAGAGAAUGGGGGGGAGGCAGCCGUAAAGAGGGGGAGGUGGGGGCGAGGGCUGGCCGGCUAGCCCCCUCGGCACGGCACGGCACGGCUCGGCUUGGCUCGGCACGGCUCGGCUCAGCGGGGACGGGUGAGGCGAGGCGGCAGCGCGGGGAGGCAGCGCCGCCAGCUCGAGGUGGCCGUGGCCGGAGUCCCCGAGUUGGUGCCGAGGAGAGGAUGGAGGCCAAGUCGGUGCCGACGGGCCGUCGGGGCGCCCCCCGCCGCCUGCCGGCAUCCCCCGGGGGCGGUGGUGCCUGCUUCCCGGAGCUCGGCACCUCGCCUUCGGCCUUUUCCUGCACGCUCUGAAAUAGCGGCGUUUAACGCGACUCGAAAUCGAGGAUGUGGAGUGGCAGGUUCCCGGUGGGUAAUUCAGGAGCAGUGGUGUCAAUUUCCUAACGAUUUCUAAGAAUGACCUUUUUUAUUUAUUUCUUACAAUUGGCAAAUUGCAUCCUUGUGCGUGCAAACUUGGCCAGAGGCUGCAAUCCUCAGAAACAUGCAGAUUAUAAAACUGAUGAAAAAUGGGCACAUACACAGAAUUUUUCUCUGCGGUUGGAGCAUGGAUGUGAAAGUUACAAAUAAUUGAAUGAUAAAUGUGAGUUGCUCUUUUUUCUGACACUCUGCCUUCCCUUUCGCACAUGUACAAACGCGUGCAUAUGCACGGUUUGCAUGGCUUUUUCUCAGAGAGUGGAGUAGGAGGUAAAUGAAAAUAGACAGACCUGCAUUCUGCAAAACACAAGCACAAGUUUUGUUGAGGACAAUGGAAGACUUAGAAUAAAGGAAGCUAACAAGAAUGAAUGAACGAGCCAUAGUUCUUGUUCUUUUAUACCAAUGCUUUUUGUUCAAGAAGCAUCCCAAAGAGUAGCCCUGGUGGCCAUACGUCAGAGAUGAGAAAACUUUUUCCUGCUGCAAAAGCUUUUCUCUUCAACUCGUGUAGUCAGUUUCUGUAUUCAGUCCAGUGCUAUCAAGACUUGCUGUUUCCUUUUGUCUCCACAUAUGGCCUAAACUGCCUGGAUAAUAAUGCUAGUACCAAAGAAGAGCAGCUAGCUACCUUUGCCCACUAAUAAAUAAGAAGCUAAAGAGCAGUUUCUUGACAUUGGCUCUGUGUCUGGCAGUGCUAUAAUACAUGUAAUGCACACAUCGAUAAAAGAAAGCACUGCUGAUCCAGAAUCACAUGCCAUAUGACUUAUCCACAUAGGAAAUCUAGGGCUUAUAGCACAUUAUCUGUAAUAUCUUUGAACAGGAGAGAAACAAUGUGAAGGAAUAACACAUAAUAAAAUGACAGAGGAUUCUUGUAAAGUCUGUAGAAGAGCCACCAAUGAGCAAUACCUGAUAAAACUGUUUUCCUUAAAAAAAAAAAAAAAAAAAAAAAAAACCUCCCUAAAAAAUCUCCCUAUUGUGAACCCAUAGUUUCAAAAGCAAUUGACUCGUUGGCUUUUUUCAGGUGAACCCAUAUUUAGAAAUUGCUGUACACCCACAUGGUACAAGGUUC